AUGGCUCGACCUCUAGAAGGAAAGUUUGGCAUCGUAACCGGAGGAUCGCGGGGUAUUGGUCAAGCGAUCGCUCGCAAUUUAGCUAGUAAAGGGUGCUCACUCCUAUUGAACUUCACGUCCGAAUCGUCACGGGCCAAAACCGAAGAGCUGGCAGCAUCACUCUCAGAGUCAUUCGGCACUCAGUGCACCACGAUCCGCGCAGAUCUUACCGACGCCCAGAAGGCCAGCGAGGUAAUAAUCGACGCCGCAAAGAAACACUUUGGCGAUAGUCCCCUCCGCAUCGAUAUUCUGAUCAACAACGCUGGGGUCUCACAAGACCGAAAGCUUGCAGACUCUGCAAAAGGCCCCAUUGACGCAGAGUAUUUCCAUUGGCACUAUAACAUCAAUGUGCUUGCACCGCUUCUACUCACACAAGCAUGCAUCCCCUACUUGCCCAAUGAUCGGUCGGGUCGCAUUGUGAAUAUUUCGAGUGUCUCUUCCAGCCUCGGUUUUGAGGGUCAGUCCGUGUAUGGUGGUACAAAAGCUGCGUUGGAAGCCAUGACAAGGACAUGGGCACGAGAAUUGGCAGAUCGAGCAACUGUGAACGCAGUCAAUCCCGGGCCUGUGAUCGGCGAUAUGUACUUCUUGACCGGCGAGAAAUUCUGGAAAGAUAUUCAGGGUUGGCAAGACAAUACACCUCUGAGUAAAGUCGCCGCAGACGCGAGUGACUUGGAGGGACUGGAUGCCGAGAAGAUCAGGCUGAUUCAAGAGAAGAUGGGCGGGCGACGACCUGCUUUCACUCGUGAGAUUGCGGGCGUUGUUGCUAUGUUGUGUACAGAAGAUGCAGCGUGGUGUACUGGCAGUGUUGUCAAUGCUAAUGGCGGCAUGAAAAUGACAACGUAG